ACGUUUGACCAAUCAAGAAAAAUGACAGAAAAUGCCACGUCAAAGUCAAGUUUGAACACUGAUACGCAUAAAUUUCAGCGCAAUUCGCUUCAAAAGUGGCUUCUAUCUUACUGUUCGUCAAUCGUCACAAACAUAAACGCUCAGUUAUUCUGCAUUUUCGUCUUCUAAUCGUGUGGUAACCGAUGUGGGACUUGAGAAGAAAAUCAAAGGUCAAAAUGUCUCAACAUUCUUACAUCAAUGCUGUUCAGAAUAGAUCAUUUUUGAAUCCAUUGACGCGAGCAAAAAGAAAGGCAUUUGCUCGACUGUCGUUCACUUGCAGAUGCAAUGAAUCUCGCGACCACUACGCAUUUGUUAUGGGGAUGUAGCGUGUCAAGAGGCAGAAAUAUGAAGAUCUGAAAUGUGGAGACAUUUGCUCUUUUGAUUGCAUGAGAAGAUCGAAUUGGCUUCAUUAUCGAAGUCGCAUUGGAACAUCAAAAGUGCUCACAGUAACAUCAAACAA